AUGUCCCUGCCAAUAUUUUGUUUUGUUUUGUUUUCAGCUGGGGAGCCUGAUGAAGAUGAGGAGCAACCAGUUAAAAGAAAAAACAAAUCUGUUAUUUUGCCUGCUGCACCUUGCUUUCCAUCUCUUUCAACACCACAACAGCAGCCACAUCAAUCAAAAGUUUCAGCCAACUGCCAGAAGCAAGGAAGUUCGAUUGAUUCGCAUUCCCCUCAAGAUGUCUCAUCUCUUUCAACACCAGAACAGCAGCCACAUCAGACUGUUUCUGCCAACUGGCAGAAUCAAGGAAGUGUGAUUAAUCCACAAUCUCUUCGAGAUGACAUCUACAAGUUAUUUGAGAGUCUUGAAAGACGGAUCAUGUUAAAACUAGACCAAAUACAAACAAGCAUCACGUCAGCAGUGGACAUAAUGAGCCAGUCGAUAAGCCAGCCAAGCACCUCUGUUUCCGAUCUCACAGAGGUGCUAGAGCAGCCGUGUAAGAGUGUAGAAGAUCUAGAGGAUUUGUGUAACAAGCUAAAAGAUGCAGAAUUUCGAAAGAAGAUGAUUCGUUAUCUGUGUCUGCAGAGUGGUGGCAGCUUGGGAAAUGGAAUAAGGAGGAUGCUGAAAAAAAUUGGAGAAAAUUCCCUAUGGGGACUGUACAGUUAUAAAGGCAGAAAGGGCAAACUUAAAUUUCAGGAUCUCCUUAUUAAUGACGUCAUCAUGCGUGCCUGUAGCAAAGCAUACCCACAACAAAAAACUCAGAGUGUUGAAGACAUGAUUGCUGUCACCCUAAAACAUGCCCCGGAUCGGGAAAAAACAGUUCAUCAGGUAAGAAGCCGACGGGAAGAGUUAAGCGAAGAGAAUGAGUCGGAAUAAGAGACUGAUUUGUUUUGACGCUGCUGCCCCAUGCCCGGAAAAAGCAUGUUUAAUUUGUUAAAUUGUCCUGGGUUUUAAAUUUAACCUGUAUGUCGUUUUGAUAUCCUAUGUUCAAUAUUUAAUUUAUUUUAUUAUUGUUUCUUAUGUAAUGUUAACAUAAAUGUAUCUGACUGUGUUAUGCUAUUUCUAUGUAAAGUGACCUUGAGUUUGAGAA